CAGUAGUUGCCGCUGCCCUCCGUAGUGAUAAGCACGCUAGACCCUCAUCAUUCGCCUUCUGCCUCUCUCCUUUUUCUUUUAAUUAAUUAAUUAUUUAAUUCUGUUUUUUUUCCCUUGAUAUCUUGUUGUCAAAAGAUUUCAAAGCUCGCUUUCUCCUUUCACUCAGAUCAAUUCCUAGGGUUUCCCCCUCCCCCCUGCGACCUCUUCUACCAGCGCCGCUCGAAUUUGAACGCGAAUAAUUAAGUCCACAGAGGUUCUGCAUUCUGUUCCUAUCGGUCUUGAUGCUGGAAGUGAAAUGUUUUGUCAUGUGGUAUGCAACAUUUGACACCAAGAAUUUUAAAAUUCUUGCUUCGUGCUUAAAGCAGCGUGUUGUAUAAGCAUGUGGGUUUGCGCGAUUGCUGCUGCCUCCCAGCACUUUGAGUGUUUCUCUGGCUAAACCACUUGGCUGAUUUCUUGGGAGGACUUUUUGGGUGAUGAAUGUGAUGUUACUUUUUUUUCUCCUUGGAUGAUAACCGAAGAAGCCAUCUGCUUCCUUCUUCGAGCCAAAAUCAGCAAACACUGCUUUUAUAAAGCCAAAGGAUAACAUGGCAGUUUCCAUGAGGGAUGUCGAUUCUGCUUUCCAAGGGGCUGGACAAAAGGCUGGAAUGGAGAUAUGGCGAAUUGAAAAUUUUCAACCUGUUCCUGUUCCGAAGUCCUCAUAUGGGAAGUUUUUCACUGGAGAUUCAUAUGUCAUUCUGAAGACAACUGCUUUGAAAAAUGGUGCUUUUCAUCACGAUAUCCACUAUUGGCUUGGUAAAGAUACUAGUCAGGAUGAAGCGGGUACUGCUGCCAUCAAGACUAUUGAACUGGAUGCAGCCCUUGGAGGUCGAGCUGUUCAAUAUCGUGAGGUGCAAGGUCAUGAGACCGAGAAAUUCCUCUCAUAUUUCAAGCCAUGUAUUCUACCACAACGGGGUGGAGUCUCAUCUGGGUUCAAACAUACGGAAAUAAAUGAACAUGAGCAUGAGACUCGUUUAUAUGUUUGCAAAGGGAAGCACGUUGUCCAUGUAAAAGAGGUUCCUUUUGCUCGAUCAUCUCUCAAUCACGACGACAUAUUUAUUCUAGACACCAAGUCCAAGAUUUUUCAAUUCAAUGGUUCCAACUCAUCGAUUCAGGAGAGGGCUAAAGCGCUUGAAGUAGUCCAAUACAUCAAGGAUACUUAUCAUGAAGGAAAGUGUGAAGUGGCAGUUGUUGAGGAUGGGAAGUUGAUGGCUGAUGCGGAGGCUGGAGAAUUUUGGGGCUUGUUUGGUGGCUUUGCUCCUCUUCCAAGAAAGUCAGCGUCUGAGAAUGAUAGAAGGGUGGACACCUUUUCUGUAAAUCUUCUCUGUGUUGAGAAAGGACAGCCAGCCCCAGUUGCUGCUGAUCCAUUGACAAGAGAAUUGUUAAAUACAAACAAGUGUUACCUGCUGGAUUGCGGGGUUGAAGUUUUUGUUUGGAUGGGCAGAAAUACAUCUCUUCAAGAGAGAAAAACCGCAAGCACUGCUGCAGAAGAAUUGCUUCAUAGUCCCGGCCGGCCACCAGCUCAUAUAAUUCGUGUUAUAGAGGGAUUUGAGACUGUGGUUUUCCGUUCAAAAUUUGCUUCAUGGCCUCAAACAACUGAUAUUUCCAUAUCUGAGGAUGGCAGAGGCAAAGUUGCUGCCCUCCUAAAACGACAAGGUUUAAAUGUGAAGGGACUUAUGAAAGCUGCUCCUGUAAAGGAGGAACCUCAACCGUUCAUUGACUGCACAGGCAAUCUGCAGGUUUGGCGUGUAAAUGGCAAUGAGAAGACUCUUCUUUCAUCCUCUGACCAGUCGAAGUUCUACAGCGGAGACUGCUAUAUCUUUCAAUACUCAUAUCCUGGAGAAGAACAAGAGGAAUAUCUUGUUGGGACUUGGUUUGGGAAGAAGAGUGUUGAGGAGGAGAGGACUGCAGCUAUCUCACUUGCUAGCAAGAUGGUUGAAUCUUUGAAGUCACUGGCUGUUCAGGCUCGCCUUUAUGAAGGAAAGGAACCAAUUCAAUUUUUUUCGAUCUUCCAGAGCUUUAUUGUAUUCAAGGGUGGUGUGAGCUCUGGAUACAAGAAGUUUAUUGAAGACAAUGCCAUUGAAGACGAUACCUAUACAGAAGAUGGCGUUGCUCUUUUCCGAGUUCAAGGUUCUGGACCAUAUAAUAUGCAAGCAAUUCAAGUUGAACCGGUGGCGUCGUGUUUGAGUUCUUCUAAUUGUUAUAUACUUCAUAGUGGCAACACUGUUUUUACAUGGUCUGGGAGUCUCACAAACACGGAUGACCAGGAGCUCGUAGAAAGACAGCUUGAUCUGAUAAAGCCAAACAUACAGUGCAAACCACUGAAAGAAGGAACUGAAACUGAACAGUUUUGGAGUUUACUGGGAGGGAAAUGUGAAUAUCCCAGUCAGAAGACUGUGAAAGAACCGGAAAAUGAUCCCCAUCUAUUCUCUUGCACUUACUCGAGAGGCAAUCUAAAGGUGACAGAGAUAUACAACUUCAGCCAAGAUGAUCUUAUGACUGAAGACGUAUUCAUUCUUGACUGCCGUUCAGACAUCUUUGUUUGGGUUGGGCAACAAGUGGACUCAAAGAGCAGAUUGCAAGCUCUAAAUAUCGGAGAGAAAUUCCUGGAACAUGAUUUCCUUAUGGAAAAUCUAUCUCGUGAAACUCCUGUUUUUGUUGUGAUGGAAGGAAGUGAGCCAACCUUUUUCACUCGAUUCUUCAAUUGGGAUUCUGCAAAAUCUGCAAUGCAUGGAAAUUCAUUCGAGAGGAAGCUUGCAAUAGUAAAGAAUGGAGCGACACCCGCAGUAGAUAAACCUAAGCGGCGGUCACCAGCAUCAUAUGGAGGAAGAUCAGCUGUGCAAGACAAAUCUUCUCAGCGCUCUAGAAGCAUGUCCUUCAGCCCUGAGCGUGUUCGUGUGAGAGGGAGGUCUCCUGCCUUCAAUGCAUUAGCUGCUAAUUUUGAGAACCCAAACCCCCCAAGUACUCGGAAUCUUUCAACCCCUCCUCCAGUGGUUAGAAAGCUUUACCCAAAAUCUGUAUCUCCUGAUUCAGCAAAAGCAGCGCCCAAGUCAACAUCGAUUGCAGCCCUUGGUGCUUCAUUUGAGUCCUCGAAAGAAAGCAUCAAACCUAACAUUAUUCCUAAGUCGUUAAAAGUGAGCCCUGUGGCUAAAAAAACAAACUCAGAGACGGCCAACAAAGCAAACUCUGAGGCAAAUGCUAAGGACAGUAUCACCAGAAUGUCCAGUAGAAUUGAAUCCCUCACCAUUAAAGAAGACGUGAAGGAGGGUGAGGCUGAGGAUGAAGAAGGGCUUCCUGUGUUCCCCUACGAGCGCCUAACAGUGAAUUGUGCCGACCCAGUUACUGAAAUCGACAUCACCAAACGAGAGACUUACUUAUCUUCAGCCGAAUUCAAAGAGAAAUUCGGCAUGACAAAGGAUGCUUUCUAUAAGCUACCCAAAUGGAGGCAGAACAAGCUGAAAAUGACCCUGCAAUUGUUCUAAGCUUCCCACAAUGUACCUUUACAGUCGAACUUGUGAUUAGAGUCAUCAUCGUUAGUUAGUAUGGAUCCAUCUUGUGCCGUUGCGGAGGGCAGAUCCAUAAUGUAGGUGUGAAGGGGACAGUGUCGGUGCUUUUUUAGCUGCUUCUGCUCCCAAAAAUACUCGAUGGUUUGUUGGUUUUCCCCCUUCUGCCUCUACCAUGUUGUUUGUAUAUCCAGGUUUGCUAUGUCAGAGCAUUCUGGUGUUCUUUGUGGUUAGAGGUUGGUCGUGAGCUUGCAUUUUUGAUUUUUUGUUUUUGUUUUUUCUUUCUUUGGGUUUGAUUUAUUUAACAAUUGUUUCAUAAGUUAUAAAAAGAAAAAAAAAAAGAGAAAAAUAAAAAAAGAGUGUAUGAUGUGAUUGAGGGAAUGAGAAGCUUGUACAGAAGUGUGUGAGCAUAUUGCUGGAAGUGUCCAGCUCGCAUCAGGGUUGCUUCAUCAAUAAAGUCUUUAUUCUUUUUUGUUUUC